GAAAAUUAACUUCCUAGUUAAGUUACUUCGGUUUUAACAUUUAAACGGUAGAUUAAUUGCACUGAAAUGAAUGGGACCAAAAUACCAAAGAGAUGUUACUUGUAAAAGUAUUUCUUGUUUGGAUGUUAAAUGCAGUGUAUGGGUGGAAGUGUCCUAGUGAUGUGGACAUUCAAAGAAUUUACGCCAAAAGUGGCGAGCAAGCUGUAUUAAGUUUUCAGACUAAAAUUAAAUCAUAUCAUCAACAAAUACUGUAUAGCGUCGCAUCAUUUGACCAGAAUAACCUUUACUCUGCCUUGUUUUAUGAAAAUCUCUUAAGAAAGGAGAGGACAUAUUUUGGCUCAGAAUUUAUUGGAGAUGCAAACACUGGGAAUUUCACUGUGAAGACAGCAAGUGUGAUAAAACAAGACGGUGGGACAUAUAUGCUACAAUAUAAAGAAGGAGCGUCGAAUAUGACUACAGAAGAAUGUGCCAUGUUGUAUAUCAUAGAUAAACCAAAGAAGGCGACUGUUUAUCAUGAAAAGAUCAAUAUAGAAGGAAACAAUACUACUUUAACUUGUACCAGCAUAUCUACAACAUACCCGACAAACCACACACUAGGUCUUACAUAUAGUUGGAAAAUCGACAAUGUAAACAACCCUUCUAACCAAAGAUAUGUAUAUUCUUCAAAUAGAAAGACAAUUUUUAUCAAGUCUGUUGAUAAAGAGGAUGCCAACAUGAGUUUAACGUGCAGCGCUACAGAAUUCGGCGAUGAAGUUAUUGGGUAUACAUCAGACGAAAGUGAAAAGUCAUUAUUUGUUGUUAUUUAUGGACCUGACAAGUGCGAAAUCAAUACAACAUCUCCAUAUAUAAUUAUGGAAGGAGAUACUACUGAGACAAUCAAAUGCAAAGCAAAUUGUUACCCGUCAUGCGCAUGCGUUUGGAGAAAUGAAUCUUCAGGAAGUAGUAUUGGAGAAAACGGAAGUUUUGUUAUAAGAACAGUCUCAAAAUACCAAACCGGGAAUUAUACAUGUACCUGUGCAAAUACAGCAAAAGACAAGAUCGCGACUGAGCAAACUUCUUCGUUGUAUAUCAAAGUUGAAUAUAUAGACUUUUUCAUAAAAGGAAAGGAAGGCCAAACAGAAAUCACACUUGAUGAAUACACAGCGGGCGCAAACUUCAUUUGUGUAGUAGAUACUUAUUGGGAAUCAACAGUCCAAAUAUUGUUUGAAGACAAAGUGAUUCAACAGCAAUUUGAUACAGGCAUCACUUCCUUUACUUAUAAGAGCAUGAACUGUUUGCAUUCUGGCAUGUAUGUGUGCAAUGGGGGUAAUAAUCAUGGAGGAACAUUUAGCGGAAGCAUACGUAUAUUUGUUAGAUGCUCUCCGCAUUCGAAUCAACAAAUCAAACAAAAUUUUACAAGUGAAAUGUAUAUUCCGUCGACACUUAGCUUUACCACAAUAGCAUACCCGGAACCCGGACCAACAGGAUUUAUCUGGCACAAAGAAAAGGGUAUGCUUUGGGAAAAACUACUGAGUAACACAGAUAUACAAAUAUCUUCAUCGUUAUUGCAGUCAAACCUAACCAUCUGGAAUGUGACAGCAUCUGACUACGGACAUUAUCGUGUUACAGUUACAAAUGAAAUAGAUAGCUUUACCCAACACCUAUUUCUUGUAGAAAAAGAUAAUAGUAAAAGAUCACCAAUUGCAGCAGAUAAUGCUUGCACAGACACAUGUCAUACUUGGAUGAUAGUAGGAAUAAUAUUCGGGUUAUUAAGUGCAGUAUUGAGUGGUUAUGCAGUCUAUGUUACAAUUCUACUGAGAAGGACUAACAUCAGAAAAGGCGAGGGGGAAUCAGCUGGAACGACUGAUCCUGCAUAUUACGAAAAAGUAGAGGAAGAUUCGAAAACUGCUGGAAAUCGAAGAGAACCAGGUUGUUCUAACACGGACGAGUACGAAAACUCUGUAAAAAUGUACACGGAUCUUGUACGAUAUUCGAAGGACGAUAAACAAACCUACGACAUCAUACAAAGCAAUAAAUGAAACACUGGAUUGACAGUCUAAUAAUGAAGAUAUUUGUACAUUCUCUGAACUUGACAUGCUGUACAUUUGCAGCUUUGCACUAUGUGUUAUUCUCUACCUUGUUGUACAAUGUUCACUGUUUUGCUUUAAUAAUUGUAUUGUAUAUUAUUCUUUGUGACACAACAAGAUGUACAUCUUUUUGAUAUUGUAUUAUGCAUAUGGGCCGAUGGCUUAUAUUAUUCGGUUAAACAAACUUGUAUAAACUUGUAUUUUCAUUCGAAACUUACUCUUACUUUUUAUAAAGUCAAAUGUUCUAGUUUCUAUUAAUUGCCGUUCUAAAAUUAAAAGCAUUGUCAAAAAAUAAUAAAUUUGUUAAACAAAAAUAAAAAUAAAAUAAAAAAUUAAGUAAUAAAAAAAAUCGGGAAAGUCAUUAGAUAUCAAAGUUGUAGAUAAAUUCAAUUUGUUUUUUAAAUGCACGAAAGAUCCUGUAGAAAACAUACCGGAAAUGUCAAGCAAAUUGUGUGGUGAGUUUAAAAUAAAACAAUAUAAACAA